GAGAGAGGAAGAGGGAGGGCUGUGUGGCGUGAGGCAGUGCGUGUGCUCAGUGUUUAGGUGAAUCCACAGCCCUCUGGCUCACAAGAAUAAAGGAUCCUCACAGAGGAGGAGAAAGAAAAGAAACACAGAGACUUAUUCCCCCUUUUUUGCAUCCUCUGUCUCUCGUUCUCUCCCAAGCCACCGGUUCUCAGUGUCUGCAUUUUGUCUCUUUUCUUUGCCCUUUGCCCGUUGUCCUUCUCUUUUGUUCCCUGCAUCCAUCAUUGCUUCACCUCGGUCCAGAGAGAAGGAAGGAAACGCAAGAGUCAGAGGCAUCAUCCUCCCCUCCCGCACACACCCAGCCGGUGGUGGGUGCUGAUGCUGUAACCACUGGAGCUGACAGGCCUUGGUUGAUGCAGUGAAGUGUUCCAGAGGGAUAAACACAAGCGAAGGUCGCCAGCCAUGGGGAACCUCAUUAAGGUCCUUGGCAAGGAUUUAGAGAACUGUCCACAUUUUUUCCUGGACUUUGAAAAUGCCCAGCCCACGGAAGCAGAGACGGCCGUGUGGAACCAGGUCAGCGCUGUGCUGGAGGAGGCUCAUGGGAUCCUCGCCGAGCUGCAGUCUUAUAAUGGCGCAGGCCAGGAGAUACGAGAAGCCAUCCAGAACCCCGGCGACCUCGCUCUUCAGGAGAAGGCCUGGAACGCAGUCUGCCCCCUGGUGGCCAAGCUGAAGAGGUUCUAUGAGUUCUCCCUCCGACUUGAGAACGCCCUGCGCAGCCUGCUGGAGGCGCUGACGAGCCCGCCAUACGCUCCCAUGCAGCAUCUGGAGCGAGAGCAGGCCCUGGCCAAACAGUUUGCUGAGAUCCUUCACUUCACACUCAGCUUUGAUGAGCUAAAGAUGACGAACCCAGCCAUUCAGAAUGACUUCAGCUACUACAGGAGGACCAUAAGUAGGAACAGGCUGAACAACCAGCAGCUGGAGGCGGAGAACGAGGUCAACAAUGAGAUGGCCAACCGGAUGUCCCUGUUCUACGCCGAAGCAACGCCGAUGCUGAAGACUUUGAGCAACGCCACCACCAAGUUUGUCUCAGAGAAUAAGACCCUGCCCAUCGAGGACACCACAGACUGCCUGAGCACCAUGGCCUGUGUGUGUCGUGUCAUGCUGGAGACUCCGGAGUACCGCUGUCGGUUCACCAACACAGACACCAUGCUGUUCUGUAUGAGGGUGAUGGUGGGCGUCAUCAUCCUCUACGAUCACGUUCACCCCGUCGGAGCGUUUGCCAAGACCUCCAAAAUCGAUAUGAAGGGCUGCAUCAAGGUGCUGAAAGAACAACCGUCCAACAGUGUGGAGGGACUUCUGAACGCACUGAGGUAUACAACACGACAUCUAAAUGAUGACAGCACCUCCAAACAAAUCAGGGCCCUCCUGCAAUGAACCACAGAGAAGAGCGGUGGAGGGAGGGAGAAGGGAAGGAGUGAAGGAGGAGGAGGAAACAAACACCAGUGGCUGAUAAACCUGUUUGUUUACAAUGAACAAAGUGAAUCAUCUCCAGGUUUUGAAAAACCGGAUGCUAAUAGGAAGAGGAAAGUAAUUAUAUAUAUUGUCAGCUGUCCAUCAUUCAGUCUCUCAUUUUGUAAAGUAAGAAAAGAGAAAAGAAAAAAAAGCCAGAAAAGAAAAUAUAGAUAUAUAUUAAAACAAGUGAAACACAAGCAGCAAGAUGAAAAAUAGGUAGUUUAAAGAAGAAGCUAUAUAGGAAAAUCUAAGGUCAGAAACUGAAGUUAAGUGGAGAUGUACAAAAACAAAAAAAACAAAAAAAAGGGUUUGUGUUCCAACAGUAGUCUGACAAGUAUUUUUGCACACACUUUGAAAACAACGCCAUCUCCUUUGCCCUGAAAUCAGAUCCCAAACUGAUUCCCUGCCCCCCCCCCCCCCCCAUUCACACUCAGUUGAAGCAGAUGUAGAGGCCUGGCGCCGCCUCCCCGCCUCCUUCAGCUGCACCAAUCGCCACCUAGUGAGGCAAUAUGAUGGAUACACUCCGGAGAUUUGCCUCCAACCUGUUUCAUUUCUUUUCUACAUCCGUGCAGCUGAAGGAAGGGGGGACUACCUUUUGUUAGGAUGCCUCCUUUAUUUGCCCCGAUUUCUUCCUCGUUGACCAUCGCCCCCUUUCCCACCUGGUCCAUCCAUGGGAUGUGUGUUUUUCCCCUUGGCACAAAACGAAAAAGCCAUCCACGUGUGCCCUUUGACGCUGUACAUGUUCCAGCACAAAACAUCUCGCGAGUCGCCUGGCUUUACUUGAACGACGUCAUUAACCAUUGCUCCUUUCUCUCCAUGGUGCUAAUGUGGUCUAGAUAUCACACUAAAAGCUAGUUGUUAUUUGGCAGGAAAACAAAGUGUUUCUUCACACACCCCUUUUUUGGCACGAAUAUGUUAAACCUUAUAUUGCAAGAACAGCAGAUCUGCUUUCAGCUUUUCUGUGGUUUCACAGUAGUGCAGAAACAGGGAAGAACGAGAGUAAGAUCCGUGAAAGUCGUUCGAGGAAAUCCCAGCCCACUUAACUUCUUCACCCAGUGCCAAAGCUGAGUGGUUCCCACUCUUAUCACAUCAUCAGGCCGAGGCUCGAGGAGGCGGGGCUUGGAGGGGACACAGACACAGUGAGAAGGCGGUGGUCAAACCGUGUAAAUAUGUGAGGGUAUUCUCAGCAGGCUUCUACCUGGCCAGCCUGGGCCCCCAAGGAAAAAUACAACAAACAGGGACAUCUGCAUACGACUACAGAGUUCUUUCUUUUAGUAUGAGGUCGAUGAAGUUGUUAAAUAAGUGGGGAAAUAAAAGUGAGAAUAAGAAAAAAAGAUUCAAAAGGAGAUUAAAAUGAAGUGCUGUACUUUGGAUGUCUAUAGCCCUUAGUCGAAUUUCAUUUCAUCUUAUAAUAUAUUUUCUAUACAGGGGUAUGUGCACAAGCAUAUUCUGUAUAAAUAUAUAGAUGGCAUGUUGUAAAAGUUCUGACGGAAUGUGUAAAUAAGGUGUUUUUAUUCAUUUUUAAUUGUUCAGUGAUGCUGAAAUUGGGUGUGUGUCGUCUCUCAGAAUUACCAUGCGUUUUGGCUCGGACCAUCGGACUUGCCGUAGUCAUAGGUUUCAGGAAUUCCGCUUCAUUGUGGCGAAUGAACCAGAGGGAGGGGGGGGACGCUGUGGGUGGGUAGGGGGCCAUCCAUUUGCUUGUUAUUUUGUACAUUUUGUGCAACAAUAAAACUUGUCAUUUAUUACAUUAA